AGUACAUACCGGAAAUCCCGACAACAUAAACAAAAGCCCGCGUGGUGGCAGUAAACCACAAAGCUGGCCAAACAAGCUCAAAGAAGAUCGCGUUUUCAUUCAGUUUUCGGUACUUUGGUGCUUUUAGCAUGGCACCCCUCUGUAGAAGAAGGAGAGCGAUGUUGGCCGUGGCUUGCCUGCUUGCCCUGAAGAGGAGGAAGCGUCCGUGGGUCAGCCCCCUGAACCGGCAGCGACGGCAGCACGGAGAUUUCUACCGACUGGUCGCAGAGCUGAGGAUGGACAGCGAGCGCCACCUGCAAUAUUUCCGGAUGAGCGCAGAGAAAAUGGACGAGCUUCUCUCCUUCGUCGGGCCGGAGCUCAGUCGGCAAUUAACCAACUACAGAGCUCCGAUUGAACCCAGACAAAGGCUGGCCGUGGGUCUCAGGUAUUUGGCUUCGGGGGAAUCCAUGGCCAGCCUGGCAUCCAGCUACCGACUGGGCUGUGCAACGGUGAGAGAAAGCGUGCACAUGUUGUGCGGAGCCAUUGAGAAGGUGAUGAAGGAGCAGCUCCUCCCUGCGCCUACAGAAGGAGGCUGGAAGGAGGUGGCCCAGAGGUUCUGGGACAAAUGGAACUUCCCAAACUGCCUGGGAGCGCUGGGUGGGAGGCACGUGGCCAUACAAGCGCCACCGAAUUCAGACAGUCGGGCUCUUAAGGACAAAGCCCCGUCCUCCGUCGUGGUUUUGGCACUCGUCGACGCCGAUUGCAGGUUUAGGUGUGUUCAGGUGGGGGACUUUGGAAGGGCCAGCGACGGAGGAGUGUUCGCAGGGUCUGAACUGGGUGUAGGGAUGGCAGACGGAAAUCUAAACGUCCCGUCUGACAGAGCUUUGCCCGGCGCUCCUCACCUCGGCGAGGCUCCGUUUGUCAUGGUGGCUGAUGCUGCGUUGCCUCUGAAGACGUACCUGAUGAGGCCGUACCCGGGUCAGCAUCUGUCUCCGGCCAAGAGAACAUUCAACUACAGGCUGUGGAGGGCAAGGAGGGUCCUCGAUAACGCCUUCGCAAUUCUCUCAACUAGGUGGAGGAUCCUCCUCCGACGCACAGUUUUGCACAACUCAGACACCUUAGUGGUUGCAGCCUGCAUUCUCCACAACUUUUUGCUGGCUCCAGAUGACAAUCAGAGGUUGCUGGACGAAAAUGAGGAGUCAGGGCAAAACAUGGAGCCGGUGAAGAGUAUGGGAGGGAAUCGGGCUUCCAGGGCCGCGUGCAACGUCAGGGACACGCUCAGCUCUUUUUUUAUGUCGGACGAAGGAAGCCUGCCUUGGCAAAGCAAAAUGAUUUAGUUUGAUGCAGGAAUUUUCCUGCUCACUUUGGUGCCUGUUCUUUGUAACUACUGUAUUGCUUGAUAAUGUUGGUUUUUUUUCAUUGUGGAUGUUAUUUUUGUUGUUUUAAAGUUGUUCUAUUUAGCUGUGUUUCACAGGUAAUACAGUGGUUUUUAAGCACUACAGACAUUGUUCAUGUUCAACAUUUGGGAUCAACACAUGUCUGAUAUUUAUUAAACACUUGUCGUCUUAAAGUUG